AAUUGGCCUUGUUCACUUAUUCCAGAGGCUACAUUUCUCAAAAUUACAUGCAAUUUUAAUGGAUGCCCUCAGGUUUCAUAAUUUCUAGCCCUGAUGCCUAUUAUUUCGAUAAUGUCAACAUUGUGCUCUCUGAAAUGCUGGGAGACGGAUUCCAUAGGCAAACAAAACUUCCUAUUCAGCGCAUGUGAUGACCAUAAUCAAUCUCCCAGUUUUUGUCCACUUGGCACCUAGAGCACUCUAACCAGUAUGUUGCAUGGGCUCAACGACAAAACUGCUUGAGGAAACCAAGGAGAUGUCUCCACCCAAGAAGAAGGAAUACUGCUUCGGCUUAAUCCAUCCUGAUGGCUUGUUCAACUCUCCCCUCACUCUCUUGAUAUUCUGUGUCUACGUCUGCUUGUUUGUCAACAAUGGUUUGCUUGUGACCCUGAGUAAGAAGAAGGAUGGACAGUACAACUACAACACUGUGGCAGUGGUGGUCAUCAUGGAGUGCUCCAAACUUGUCAUGUCCAUAACCAUAUUCAGUUGCCAGGAAUCCUUCAUGACACUUCUGAAGAACGUCAAGAAAUAUUUCAAAUAUAUCAUCUACUACAUGGUGCCAGCCUUCUUCUAUUGUUUGUACAACAAUCUGCAGUUCGUGAACCUCGCAUAUUACGACCCAACCACAUAUUACAUUUUACUACAGUUGCGUGUGAUUGUGACUGGUGUUGUGUAUCAGAUUGUAUUCAAGCGGAGAUUGUCGCUGAUCCAGUGGGGCUCUCUCAUCAUCCUCGCAAUUGGCUGCGUCAUCAAGGAGCUGAAAUUCGGCGGCACGGAUGGGGAGGGAAAGAAACAAGUAUCCUUCUUCAACUACCAUUUACUACUUAUACUUGUUCAGGUAUUCAUGUCGUGUUUGGCCGGCGUCUAUACAGAGUUCCUGCUGAAGAAAGAUGGCGGACAGGUACCCAUCAUGGUGCAGAACUUCUUUAUGUACGUGGAUAGCAUCAUAUCGAAUAUCGUCCUGCUGUGCCUGACCGGUGGCAUCAAGGACCUCGUCAAGCCCGAGGGCUGGCAGGCUCUUGGGCAACCCCUGGUUCUCUGUGUUAUCAUGAACAUAUCAAUCGCUGGCAUAACGACCAGUAUGUUCCUGAAGCAUCUCAAUUCCAUUGUUAAGCUAUUCGCUGCUUCUGUAGAAAUUCUUCUGACUGCUGUUGUUUGUAGGUUUUUGUUCGGAACAGCCUUAAAUGCACAAACUGUUAUAUCUAUAAGUCUUGUAUGUGGUGCCCUUUAUUUAUAUUCUUACGCUCCAAUGCAGAAUCCGCCUGCUCCAAAGUCGAGUAAUAAACCAGCAGAUGGAAGUAAAGUGUAGAAUCAAGAUGUUGUGAAUCAUGUAAUGAUUUUGAAGGCCAUGUUCUGUUGUGUAUAUUGUUCACAUGAUUUUGUGAAUUUCUUUACAAAUGGUAGCAGCAGUUAUUGUGGUUAUUCCAGUGUAUGAACAUGGUGCCAUCGGUGUAAAUGGGUUUACAUUAGUAUUUCCAUGCAAACAAUGUACAAAUAGGCUGGCCUGCAAAGUAGAGGACAGGCUUAUCACUGAGAUCAAACCAAUGAGAAAAUCGAACUUUGUUCAGUUUUUUUUUCUUCUUACAUGUCUCAUGGUACAUGUAUACAGCUCUGAAUGUUUUUUACUGGAAAAAAAUGCUGUAAGCUGGUUGAGAGGCAUCUUUACCUCCUACAUGUUGGCAUAAUGAAUGCUAGAUGAGAUCAAAGGUAUGUUGGCCCCACAGUAUAAUAUUAUUGCUAAAAAAUAUAUAUGCUUUUAGAAAAAGAGCUCCAUCUAUCUCUGCAAUUGUAAUAUUUUAGGCCGUUUACUACUUUGUAUAGUACAUGUAGUAGGUUGGGAGUUGAGCUGAUCAUAGUUUGGUGCUUUGUUUUUCAAAAUCGGCUCUUCCUUUGAGGGUUGCAGGAUGUCAAUGUGCCACUGUUGUUUAUAGAAAAUAGACCUGGUUCGAUUGUGAACCUUUUAGUGAAUAUACCAAUACAUGCUAGAUAUAAUUCUAUCUGUCUUGUGCCUAUAGAGUGCAUGAUCAUUGUAUUUUCUCGUGGCUCAGAUAAUUAGAAAUAAACAUUGUCAUAAUGCAGUUAUUAUGCAUGAAAAUUUCCUAAAACUUGGCAUUCAUAGUGUUUGUUUAUCAGUCAUCACAACAGCAUUGUUGAAAUUUGUAUUCCCGUAUCUACAUAUUCACACAAUUGGAAAUUUUCAAAUUUUAGAGUAAACAGAGUUGGCCUUCACAGUAAGAGCAUCUUGGAACAUGUCAAGCAGUCAAGGGAACAAAGUAUUAUCGGUCUCAAAGAUCAGUAAUGCAUAUUACUUCGGUGCCAGAUAUUCUAUCAUUUACAGUUAUUUUUAGAUUUUGAAUAUGAAUUAUAAUGUUAUUCUACAUGUAGAUACAUGUAGCUAGUGUUUAAGGAUAUUAGGUUAAAGGUACAUGUAUAUGGUAAAAGAAAAUGAUAUGAUCAUUUUGGCAUUUGUAGAUUUACGAAAGUUUUAGAUUGUCUUAUCUUGACCAGGGCUUGAAGUAAGGUCUGUAAACCCCUCUAACCAGAACAGUUUUCAAAGGUACGUAGGUCAAUAAUGUUGAGGAUGAUACAUGUAGUUAAGGCUGUUUCACAUUGACACAGUGAGGUUGCAUUUUCUUUUUGUCAUCAUGUUAUAUGUAUGUCUCUGAGUACAUUAUCCCAAAGUAUCUGUGUGACACACUGUGAGUGUUGUGUUUUCAUUGUCUGGUGCACAGAGCUCUGCUUUAUUUGCAAAAGUGACAGUAAGCCUGGUGCGAGAUGCAGUAUUGAGGUGGGUGGGUAUUGUUAUUACAUGUAUAUCCUUAGCCUGUACAGCCUGCCAACACAUGUUUGUAAAUACUACACGUAUCUUUACAUGUAUUUUAUGUGUAUUUUUGAAGGGUUAGCUAAUGAUAUACACUGUACAAUCAUAUGGUCAAUAAAUACUUAUUGUACUUCUGA